AUGUCAAAAUUUCCGAUUAUGAGCUUUAGAUGGAUUUUUCAAUUAUUAAAUAAAUUGUGGCUAUUCCUCUCAUAUCUAUUAAACAAACAAUUCAGAAAAGUGCUACAAUAUCAACCCGUAAAAUACGACUUAUAUCCUUUGUCGCCAGUGUCAAGGCAUCGCUUAAGUCUAGUUCAAAGGAAAACGUUGGUGCUGGAUUUAGACGAGACAUUAAUUCAUUCGCAUCACGAUGGUCUUCCUAGAAAUCCUAGUAUCAAGCCUGGAACACCUCAUGACUUCUCUGUAUCUGUAGUCAUUGAUCGACAUCCAGUUAGAUUUUUUGUUCACAAACGACCUCAUGUAGACUUCUUUCUAGACAUUGUGUCACAGUGGUAUGAUUUGGUUGUAUUUACCGCCAGUAUGGAGAUUUAUGGAGCUGCUGUUGCAGACAAGUUGGACAAUGGACGAAAUAUAUUGAAUCGAAGAUAUUAUAGACAACAUUGUACACCAGAUUUUGGUUCGUACACAAAAGAUUUAUCGGCAAUAUGUAGUGAUUUGAAUCGAAUAUUUAUCAUUGAUAAUUCACCUGGAGCUUACAGACGCUUCCCAAACAACGCCAUACCAAUUAAGACGUGGAUAUCAGAUCCGAUGGAUAUUUCUCUUCUAUCACUCUUGCCAUUACUGGAUGCUCUUAGAUUUACAAAUGAUGUUCGUUCAGUGCUCUCGAGAAACUUACAUCUUCACCGUGUAUACUAA